UUUGUUUCUAUUUCAAAUUUUUUUUAAUAUUGAUUUUAAUAUAUUCAAAAAUAAAACAUAUGGAGCAAUGGAAAAAUCGUGUAGCUGUUGUAACUGGAAGUAGCUCAGGAAUUGGUGCACAAGUUGCAAAAGACUUAGCUAAACAUAAUAUAACUGUAGCAGCACUAGCUAGAAGAGAAGAACUUUUAAAUGAAGUUAAAAAAUCUUUACCAAUUGAAUAUCAAAAAAAUUUUCAUUGCUUUCAAUGUGAUGUAACAGAUUUCGUGAAAGUUCAAAAAACUUUUGAAUUAAUUGAAAAAAAUUUUGGUGGAAUUGAUAUAUUAAUUAAUAAUGCUGGUGUUGUAAGACCUGGUAAUUUGGUAACAAUGGAUCGUAGUAAUAUAAGUGAAAUAAUAAAUACAAAUGUAACAGCAAUUACUGAUUGUACAAGAUUGGCAUUUAAAAGUAUGAAAGAACGUAAUGUAAACGGUCAUGUAAUAUUAAUAAAUAGUAUUGCCGGACAUAAAGUCUUAAAUUUUGGUAGUGAAAUUGAUGUGUCACUCAAUUUUUAUACAGCUUCAAAAUUUGCUGUAACAGCUAUGACCGAAACAUAUCGUCAAGAAUUUUAUCAGCUUGGAACAAAAGUUAAAAUAUCGAGUGUAAGUCCAGGAUUAGUGAAAACUGAAAUGACCGGCAAUCAAAUGGAAACUAAUACAAAUUAUCUUGAACCUGAAGAUGUAUCUAAUGCUAUAAUGUAUAUAUUGAGUACACCACCAAAUGUUCAAGUACAUGAACUUACAAUAAAACCAUUGGGUGAACCAUUUUAAUGAAUCAAGAUCAUGAUAUAUUUACUGUUAUACUGUUAUAAACAAAAAUUGUGUAUAAUAAAAUGAAUUUUUACAACUAU